UGCAAUCGGUUAGCUAAUUUUGCGUGUAACCAGCACCUGUGGCGUUAAAUACGGUUUGCCCACUGCACCGGUGCUGGAUCAGAUCGGAGUCCUUGCGUCAUAUACGCCACACCCGACGCAGCCACCAGCCCACCACCCGCUUAUCCUGUCUGUAAACAAAUCUCUCAGCCCCCGACCUGAGCACCCUAGUCAUUUCGCUCCAGCCCGGCAGGAAAAGAAGCUUCGCUCCGCCGCCCGCGUAUAAGACAAGAACCCAAGAAGCAAAAUGGAGGUGGCCGGCGCGCUCGUCUCCGUCCUCUUCGCCGCCUUCUCGCUCCCCUGCCUCCUCCUGCUCGUCGUGGUGGCCGAGGCCGGCCUCCGCCUCGCCGCGCUCGCGCUCCGCGGCGAGGCGUUCGCGUGGCCGUCGCGCUCCGCCUUCCUCGGCUACCGCAUCGCGCGCGCCGGCAACUUCUCCUCUGCCGCCACGGUCGGCGGCGGCGUCUUCCAGCAGGAGGAGCUGCUGCCGCCUGAGUACCUGGACCUCCUCGCCGUCACGGUGUACCGCCGCGGCGGCGACAAGUGGGCGGCCGUGGACUGCGUGUUCUGCCUGUCGCGGAUCGAUGACGGCGAAGAGGUGCGCGAGCUCAGGUGCCGUCACGUCUUCCACCGCGAGUGCCUCGACUCCUGGCUCCUCCGCCCGCGCGCCACGUGCCCGCUCUGCCGCGACCGCCUCCUACCCUGCCAGCCUCCCCGCGCCUGCGCACGCGCCCUCGACGACGACGAAAUCUACGUCGACGAGCACGAAGACCCGCCCUCCUUCUCCUCCUCCUCGUCCUACUCCCAUGACGCCCCGCUGUGGCACAUGUAAUUAAGCUAGGACACGAUCAAUGCCGGCCGGCCAUUCACUCCCUUGCGCCGCUUGCUCCAUUUUUACUACGUGAGAGGCAGAGUUCUCGUCUUUUUUACUUCCUUCUUUCUCCCCCUUCAGGUAGUUGGUGAAAUCUCUCGCUGAAAAAGGUGAUGUAUAGGUGCAUGGUUGCUAUUGCUGUCCCGUGAUCCUGUCUUGUCUUUGGUAAAUGAUGCUCGUCUGAUUGCUUUUAUGGAUAACGAUGGCUCACCCGCCGCUCUUAAUUCCACACUUUUUUCAA